UUGAAGUACCUGCGCGGCAGGCUGUGCGGAAAUAUCGUGAUGUGAACUACAAAUCCCAGCAGCCAAAGAGCUCGGAGGAGCGGGCGAUGCCGGGAAGUGUAGUCUCUGCGGAAAUGAGCGGCUCGGGAAGCGGGUGAAGGCCGCGCGCGGCAUGCUGGGAGUUAUAGUCCACUUUUGCGAGGAAUAAGAGCUCAUGGCGUCAGAUGUGGAUAACGGCGAGACGGCGGCUUCAGCCCUGUCCGUAGAAGAAGGCGGUGACCGGUGUGAGAGCCCCGCGCUGACCCAGGGGACGGAGCCCGGGGCCAGUCAGGAUGAAGCCAUGUUUGUCCACGCUCAGUCAUACGAGGACCUGACUGGAGAAGUGGAGGGCCCCGGGCCCCAGGGUGAGAACAUGGAGGAGAUCACUCAGGACUUCAGUAAGCUCAGCACUCAGCUGAGUGUAAGCUCCACCCACAGCGACGAGCAGAUCCGGGAGGCGACCCCGGAGUGUGCGGACCCUGCGCCGCCGCAGGAGGAGGAGGAAGGGCCGCUGGAUGACUGGUACCGGCAGCAGAAGCACGUGUUUGUGCUGAGCGAGGCGGGGAAGCCGGUGUAUUCUCGCUACCGCUCAGAGGAGGCGCUGUCCAGCACCGCCGGAGUCAUGAUGGCGCUUGUGUCCUUUCUGGAGACGGAAAAAAACGCCAUCCGGUCGAUCCAUGCAGACGGCUACACGGUGGUGUUUGUGCGGCGCUCCCCGCUGGUGCUGGUCUCCGUGUCGCACACCCGGCAGUCGGAGCAGGAGAUUGCGCAGGAGCUGCGGUACGUCUACUACCAGAUCGUCAGCCUGGUCACCGGGGCUCAGCUCCACCACCUGUUCCAGCAGCGGCCCAGCUACGACCUGAGGCGACUACUCACCGGCUCUGAGCGCAUCACUGACAACCUGCUGGACUCCAUGGACUCUGACCCCAGCUUCCUCCUGGCCGCCGUCCGCUGUCUGCCUCUAACCCCAGGACUGCGGGACGCUGCCACGUACUGUCUCCAGCAGGCCAAGGCCAAGAGUUUGGUCUUUUCCAUUCUGAUGUCCAGGCAGCAGCUGGUCACUCUGGUCAGGAGAAAGGACCAGUAUCUGCACCCCAUCGACAUCCACCUGCUCUUCAACCUGGUGACCUCGUCCAGCUCCUUCCGGGAGGGCGAGGCCUGGACGCCCGUAUGUCUCCCGAAGUUCAACCCGUCCGGCUUCUUCCAUACCCACAUCUCGUACCUGAGCCACCAGCCCGAGCUGCUCCUACUGAUGGUGGCCACGGACCGUGAGGACUUCUUCACUGUGUCCAACUGCAAGAGGAAGAUAAUGGAGCGCCUGGAGAAGCGAGGGACGUGGGCGCCACUGAAGGAGGCUCUGUGGGGCGUGCCCUAUGACGUGGCACAAGCUGGCAUCCCAGAACUGAGACAUUUCCUGUACAAGUCCAAGAGCUCUGGACUCUUCACCAGUCCGGCGAUGGCCGCUCCUUACAACACGGAGGGAGAAGAGAAGCGCCUGGUGUCGCUGUACCAGUAUCUGCACGGCCGGGCACACUGCAGCGCACACCCGCUCACAAGCAUCUACCACGUGGGGCCCCAGGAGAACACCGUGGCCUGGGUCACCGAGGCUUUUGAGCUCUACGUCUGUUUCAGCCCCUUAGUGACGAAGUCUUCAGCUGUGACCGGUGUCUCCCGUCUUCUGCGCUGGAUCCGCAAGGAGGAGGAGAAGCUGUUCAUCCUGAGCUCCCCCACCUACUGAUCGCGACCAAAGAAGAUGGCGUCCAGCGCCGGGCCCCGCACAGCGUGUUUCUCCUGGAUGCACAGACUUUAUAAUGAACACUGUAUUACGCGGGUGCAGCGCCGCUCCUCACAUGUUCUCCGAGCAGCCGCUGGCGGCCAUGUUGUCUGUACACGGCUCAUCCCGUAUCACAGGAUCUGUCAUUGUAAUUCAUAUAACAAGAUCUGAACAUGAAAGCA